GAACUAGUUAUUAUACUUAAUCAAACUCUUUUGGAGUUGGAGAUAUCGAUACGACUCCAUAUAUCUAGUUAGCCAUUUUCGUGUCUUGACUAAUGGCGAUUGUCAAGAAGAUGAAAGAUUUAGUCUUGUUCCUCGUUGGGUUCUUUUCUUUGUCUGUUUUGGUCUCUCAGUCGAUCGCAGGGAGAGUCAAAGCUCCGUUGUUGCAGAGCAAUACUGGUGGGUUGGUCUUCAGCAAAUCAUUCAAUUCGAUCUAUGAUACGUCUAUGUACGGACGCUUGCAGCUCAACAACGGUCUCGCUCGAACUCCACAAAUGGGAUGGAAUAGCUGGAAUUUCUUUGCUUGCAAUAUCAAUGAAACGGUCAUUAAGGAAACUGCUGAUGCUUUGGUCUCCUCUGGCUUGGCUGAUUUAGGAUACAUACAUGUCAAUAUUGAUGAUUGUUGGUCCAAUUUGUUACGCGAUUCAAAGGGUCAAUUGGUUCCUCAUCCGGAAACCUUCCCAUCAGGAAUCAAGCUUCUUGCUGAUUAUGUUCAUUCAAAAGGUCUUAAACUUGGUAUAUAUUCUGAUGCUGGGUAG